AUGCUCGUCGAAUUUGAUAAUCCACCACUUUGUAUGAAAUCUAACAAAGAUGGAAGUCGCCUUGUCGUUGGAUUUGUGGAUGGAAGUAUUCGAUUCUAUGACACCCAACAACACGAGGAAGAGUUUCAAGAAAUCUGGAAAUUUCAGACAAAAAGCAGUAUUCGAGGAGUUGAUCUUGAUGAACACAAGAAACGAGUUUAUGCCGUUACAAAGAAUCGAUCUCUCUGUGUUUUUGAUAUUGACACGGGAAAACGUGUUCGUUGUAUUCUAAAAUGUCAUCGUUCUGUACCAACUGCCAUUUGUACACUUCCACCAACUGCUCUAAAAUCUCAACAAUUGGCUACAGCUGAUGAAUCGGGAGAAGUGAAAACAUGGAAUUUGGAUCCAGAAGUUGCAUCGGAAAAUGCGAAUAUUAGAAAAUGGCAGGAACAAGAUGAAGAUAUUAAUGAUUUGAAAGUUGAUGUGAAAUCAAAUUUAUUGGCAACUUCUUCAGAUGGUACACUUGGAGCUUACGAUCUUAGAAAGGCAAAGCUUAAGAUGAGAAGUGAACUAAUGCACUCGGAGCUCUAUUCAGUUUGUGGAACAAAUCGAUCGGUAUAUGUUGGAGGAGAAGAUGGAUAUGUUGAAGUAUUUAAUUUAAAUGAAUAUGGAAAUUUGUUGGAAAGAGUUGAAAGUGGUUUUGAAAUGGGUGUAAAUGGAAUUGUUGAAUUGAGAAGUGGUUUAUUGGGAUUAACAAGUCAAGGAAGUAAUCGAAUGAGAUUAUUGAAUGUUCAACCAUCGAAAAGAUUAGGAUAUGCUGGAUAUCAUGGUGAUGAGAAGAGUGAUGAUGAUGGUAUUGAUGCUAUUACGAUUUCAACUGACAAAUCAACAGUUUUUACAAUGAUCUCAAUGAGCUGUACAAUCAAAAAAUGGGAUAUGGGACCAAUUAUCGAUGAGAUUCCGAUUCUUAGAGCUCAGGAUGCAAAAUCGAAGAAAAUGAGAAAAACUGAAGGAUUUUUCGAUGGAUUAGUUGGACCGAAAAACGAUUCAGAUAGUGAUGAUGAUGAUGAGCCAAAGAGCAAAAAACGAAGAAAUGAUGAAGAUUCGGAUGAAGAAAUUGAUGAGGAGGAACAAGAAGAGGAUGAUGAAGAGGAGGAGGAGGACAGUGAUUAGAUGAUUUUUUUUUAAAUUUAUAUUUAAUUUUGUUGUUGCUUUUUGAAUUUUUGUUGAACUUUUCUUGUUACCUUCAAUUUUACGUUAAAAACUCUCAAAAAUACCCUUCGGGGACCACUUUUUGGUUGUUUUGGCGAUUUUUAAGACAUUUUUGUUUUGUUGUUGUUAAUAUAAAAUUAUGUUAAUUUU